GGCACAAACUUUUCCGGCCCCGUGCUACCCACCAUGAUCUUUGUCUCCCGCCUGCACCUUACCGUGCCACCUGGCCCAUGCCGUUGCCUCGCACUCUCACUCUCACUCCCCACUGCAGACUUGCGGGCUGCGCCCGGCGUCCGGCAGUCGAAUCCACCAUUGCCACCGACCUCGCCGCACCAGUGCAACCCUGAAUCUGAACGGCCAGAAGCUGAACUGCAGCUUGGAUUGGGGAAGGAGCGGCAGCCAGCAGGGUAGUGGCGCUCGCGGCGCGGCGCCGGGGAUGGCGUCCAGGACGCGUUCCUGCACCAGGUGCCUGGCCAGCCUCGUGCUCCCCUUCCUCUUCUUCACCUCCCUCCUCUACCUGUCCACCAGGCAGCCGGUGCUCGACAUCGCCGUCCGCGAGGAGGCCGCCGGCGGCAGGAUGCGGCUGAUCGUGGACCGCGCCGCUGCUGCCGUGGAGGCCAACGCCACUGUCACGAUCACGACGGACGCGGUGGCUCAGGCCUCUGGCAGCUCUGCCGUUGCAACUGAAGAUGGUGACGGCAGUUUCCUGACCGACGCGCCCCCGGCCUCCGGCGACGCCAAUGUCACGAGGGAUAAGGUGCAGGUGUCUGUGUCUGACGUCGCUGCCGUUGCAACUGAGGACGGUGAUGCCAAGGUCGUGACCGACGCGCCCCCGGCGUCCGGCGCCGCCGCUGGUGACGAAGUCCGCACGGACGAGCUGAGGGCGUCGGACGACGCGGCUACCGCCGGCAGCAGCGCGAACGUCGACGACGACGCCGUCGUGUUCGACUUCCGGCCGUACGUGCUCGUGUACAAGAGCGGGCGCGUCCACCGCUUCCACGGCACGGAAACCGUCCCGCCCGGCGUGGACGCGCUCACGGGCGUCGCGUCCAAGGACGUGGCCUUCGGCACCGACACCGGCGUCAGCGCGCGGCUCUACUUGCCACCCAAGAGCCGGCGCGGCGAGAAGAAGAAGAAGAAGCUGCCCGUGCUGCUCUACUUCCACGGCGGCGCGUUCGUGAUCGAGUCGCCGUCCUCGCCGCUCUACCACGCGUUCCUCAACAUCCUCGUCCACAAGGCGGGCGCCGUGGCCGUGUCCGUCAACUACCGCCUCGCGCCGGAGCACCCGCUCCCGGCCGCGUACGACGACGCGUGGGCGGCGCUCCAGUGGACGGUGUCCAGCUGCCUGUCGGGGCCGGAACCCUGGCUCGCCGACCACGGGGACGCCACGCGCAUCUUCCUGGCCGGCGACAGCGCCGGCGGCAACAUCGCCCACAACCUGGCGGUGCGAGCCGGGGCGAGGCGCCCGCUGCCCGGCGGCGCGGCCAUCGCGGGCGUGGCGCUCCUGAACCCCUACUUCUGGGGCAAGGAGCCGGUGGGGGCGGAGCCCGGGGAGCGGUGGGCGCGCGACGGCCUCGAGCAGACGUGGGCGCUCGUGUGCGGCGGCAGGUUCGGCAUCGACGACCCGCACGUGAACCCGCUGGCGGCGCCGGGCGCGUGGCGCGCGAUGGCCGGCGAGCGCGUGUUGGUGACCAUCGCCGGGCGGGACAACUUCCGGGACCGGGCCGCGGCGUACGCGGAGGGGCUGAGGAGGAGCGGCUGGCGAGGGGAGGUGGAAACGUACGUGACGGAGGGGGAGGUGCACGUGCACUUCGUGGGGAACCCGAGGAGCGAGAAGGCCGAGCGGGAGACGGACAAGGUGGCCGAGUUCAUCGCCGGCGGUGGCCGUGGCUAGGCCGGAGUCAGGCGUUUUUUAUGCGUCUUCUGUGACGAUGUGGUCCUGCUGCACGUGAAAUUGCUAGUGCACAUCUAGGGACGCAUUUUUCCUU